AAGCGCUCCUUGUCCUUCAAGUCAGUGAUGCGCAGCAAGAGCGUGGACAACUUCUUCCAGCGCCCCAGCAACGGGGAAGUCCGCCUGCCCUCUGGGAUCAUCCGCGAGCCUCCGCUGACCUCCUCGCCACCACCCUUCGGGGAGACGCCCCUGACCUGCGAGCGCUCACCCUCCCUCUCCCCUUCGCUCAGCCCCAACCCCUCGCUUUCGUCCCGCUCGCCCUCCCUCAGUCCCUCCCUCUCCCUGACCUCCAAAGCCCAGCUCCAUGGCCAGCUCCAUGGCCAGCUCCAGGCCCGGCUAGUGAAGACCCACUGUUUCCAGGAGCACGUCUUCCGUCGGCCCACCUGCUGCCAGCAAUGCAAACACGUGAUACAGGGGAACUCCAAGCAGGGUCUGCGCUGUAAAGCCUGUAAGCUGGGRGCCCACCUCUGGUGCUCCUCUGAGCUGUCCCAACAGCCCUGCACAGGAAAGACGGGGGCCUUUAAACGAAACUUCAGCUCCCCUCUCUUGACUAACGAUAUGUUAGGGGUGGUCAAGGAAGUUCUACCAUCGCAAGAGUCUGAUAAAGGGGGAAUUGACCCUGUGUAUGAGGCUCUGCGUUAUGGGACGUCGCUGGCACAGAUGAGUCGCUCUAGCUUCGGAAGCAUCACUGAGUCCCCCAUUCAUAAGGUGGAGAGAGUAGGGGAGGGACUGGAAACACAACCAAUCGCUGAGGAGGAGUUUGUCCCAGAGACUGAGACUCUCAAUCCUCCUGAAAGUGAGAAGGCUGAUUCAGAGGACAGGGUCAGUCUGAAGACUCCAAAGCGCAUCGAUGUCCACUCUGUACACACCUACGUGGCUCUGUACAAGUUCAUCCCUCAGGAGAAGAAUGAUCUGGAGUUACAACCUGGCGAUCGAGUGCAAGUAACUGAUGACUCCAAUGAGGACUGGUGGAAGGGGAAAAGCAAAGACAAGCUGGGUUUCUUCCCCGCCAACUUUGUACAGAGAGUGCGCCCAGGUGAGCGUGUGUGGAAGGUCACGGGUGGUUUCCAUGGUGACCGUGACAGAGGGCAGAUGACUGUGAAAGAAUCUCAGAUCUGUGUGGGGAAGAACGAAGAGCUGGACGGUUUCCUAAAGCUGAGCAGUGGGAAGAAGAGAGGUCUAGUCCCUUCCAAGUACCUUCUGGAGAUAUGACUUCCGUCAAAGAAGGGAAUUCUCUGUGUCCCGAACCCUCGUUCUGCCCUGAAGACCACCCUCUAUCAGGAGCGCUUCCCUAACACCUCACUGACUGCCAACUCCCUGGAUGUGGAAAUGGACCCUCCCACCAACACCAGAAAACAUAGAGAGGGAGUGAGAAUAUGGUGUACACUGGCCAGGAUCGAAUUGGUUUCACUGCUUUGCUUGGAGUGGUGGAAUCAUUUUGAGAGAAAGGAGGGCGGAGGGRUUCUGUUGAGCUAGCUGCUUUACCUGUGGUGUACCCUCACACUCUGUCACCUGUUCACGCACACAGACACACARACACACACUGCACAAAGACACUGAUGCUAACAAUGGCCCUGGAGCUUGGGCGGCGUGACUGUAGCAGGCAGUGGUUGUCUGAAAGAUGUAUGGAUACCUCACAAUCGACACAAGCACAGCUUCCGCUUGAGCCAAGGUGGAGAAGACUGGCAGUUAUUCGCCGUGUGGUCGUGUGACCUUUUGGAUUUCACGUGAAAGUGAAAUUUGGACGUUUUUGUGAGUCCAAGUUCUGUAGCAUUUUAUUGUAGCAGCUUGUUGCGACAAAGCUCUUUUCCUUUGAGGUUGUCCUCCCAGCCAGAUAUGGUAUAGCCYCAUUCCCUGUGGCACAGAUUGUUUAGCACAUUGGGGCAAACCAAAGUGGGUAGGUGGUGGGGGUAGAAGGGAGCCUCAAGGGCCUUAUGCUUGAUUUGAGGAUUGUAGCUUGGACAAUGUAAUUGAAAGUGUACUGUUGAGUCAAAUGUAUUGAUGCAUGCUUCACUCACUCCCUGACCAUUGGGAGGUUCAGGUCCUAGCAUUUCAUCUUCGCUAACCCCCUUCUUUGCUUUACAUUGGUCAAUCCCAUUUGACAAUUUGUUUAGCUAAAUGGCUAACAGGUUUUGUGGUGCAAAAUGGCUAACGUGGCAUCAUCCAGGUGGGUGUUACACAUACCUAUAGGUGUUGGAUGAGGUUUAAAGUGCUCCGAGCAUCUGGAAAAGCACUAUAUAAAUCCAAUCCAUUAUCACUAGUUAUCUUUACUAUUAAGAAGGGUUUAGCCAGGAGAGCGAGGGGAGACAGACACACAUGUUAAUCCUGCUGUGAUGUCCUUCCCAACAA